UUGGACAUUUAGAUUGGUUGUGUUUCUACCCCUCCCACUCUUUGAAUGCUCAUUGGCGAAUAAACGUGUCAAUCAAGAAGGAGCCUACUGAAGAAAGGGGAGCAGGGCAAUGCUAACAAAAAGGCAGCAGGAACCUAAAUUUAUUUCUAUAAGAUUCAAGAACUGGUGCGAUAUUUGUUCUUUGUGAGACUUUAUUUUUGAGAGCAGAAAAAUACACUUCCAGCAUACGUCUGUUUUCUUCAUUCUUCAUAGUCAGUCUGUACCGAAGUACUCACAAAGACCAAACUCUGAACCUACCUUUCCUGUAUUUGAACUAAAACAGCAAUUAAAAACAAAUCUCCAAAUGAAGUGUGAAAAUUGCACAAAGAAGGAAUGUAUUAAAAAAUCAAAAAUUGAUGACCAACAAAAUGUAUCAGUUGAUAUACCAAAUUUUAACAGUGAACAUGAAGAGAAAAGUGAGUUCCAUAAGUUGGCUGAUGCUAAAAUAUUUCUCAGUGAUUGCCUGGCUUCUGACAGUUGUGUGACAGUAGAGGAAGGAAUAAAAGUUUUCCAGCAGAAUCAGAAGGAGUUUUUUCGUAUACUGAACCUUAAUAAGAAAUGUGAUACUUCAGUCCACAAAGUCUUGGCGGUGUCUAUAUGCCCUCAGUCCUUGCCUUAUUUUGCUGCCAAGUUUAAUCUCAGUGUAACUGAUGCAUCAAAAAGACUCUGUGGUUUCUUAAAAAGCCUUGGUGUACAUUAUGUAUUUGAUUCAACAAUAGCUGUUGAUUUUAGUAUCCUGGAAAGUCAGAAAGAAUUUGUAUAUCGAUAUCGCCAGCAGAAGCAAGAAGAACAUUCCUUACCUAUGUUUGCUUCUGCCUGUCCAGGUUGGAUCCAGUAUGCAGAAAGAGUUCUGGGUAACCCAGUAAUACCACAUAUAUGUACUGCAAAAUCCCCCCAGCAGAUCAUGGGAUCAUUGGUGAAGGAUUACUUUGCCAGACAACAGAACUUGUCUCCAGAUAAAAUUUUUCAUAUCAUUGUGGCCCCUUGUUAUGACAAGAAGCUAGAAGCUCUUAGAGAAGAUUUUUACACUGCUUCAUAUAAUUCUCAUGAUGUUGAUUGUGUGUUAACAUCAGGUGAAAUUAUCCAGAUUAUGGAACAAAAAAAAGAAUUCAUGAAAGAAGCUGUAGUAGAUACUUUGUUUGGUGAGAUAAAGGAAGAAGACACAGUGAAUGAUGGUACAACCAGGUCAGAUGGUUACCUGGAACACAUCUUUAAAUAUGCUGCCAAAGAACUGUUUGACAUGAACAUUAAGGAAAUUACUUACAAAGCAUUGAAAAACAAAGACUUCCAGGAGGUUACUCUGGAAAAAAAUGGGGAAAUAAUGCUACGAUUCGCUGCUGCUUAUGGCUUUCGAAAUAUCCAGAACAUGGUCCUGAAACUUAAAAAGGGCAAGUUCCCAUAUCACUUUGUAGAAGUCCUGGCCUGUCCUGGAGGAUGCUUAAAUGGCAAAGGUCAAACUCAGACUGAAGAUGGAAAACCAGACAAGGCACUGCUGAGGCGAAUGGAAGAAGUAUAUGCUGAAAUCCCUGUACAACUUCCAGAAACUAACACACAUGUGCAGAAACUAUACCAAGAGUGGCUAGAUGGUAUGGACUCUCCAAAGGUCCAGGAAGCUCUGCACACCACUUAUAGCUCUGCUGAACUCCCCACAGACAACAUGGAUAUCAAGUGGUGACAGCAAAGUUGGUAAAAGUAAGUCCUUUUAAUAGGACUUGUAUAAGUGACCUUGGAAACAUUCUAUGCAAUCAGAAACACUUUCUUUGGACUUUAAUUAUGAAGAAGCUGGGUUUUUUUUCCUCUUAAAACAAGUUUUUUUUUUCCUGAAAAUUAUAGUCUCUUAGGUUUCCUAUUUUCUUAUUCAAUUAGGUUGGUACUGUACUCAUAAUUUGUAUUUGAACAGUACCUUUUACCAACGAAGAAUGAUUUCUCUGAAUUUAAAAUAUAUUCUUUGUUCUAAGAAUUAUUUUAAAGAUCCAAUUUAAGGACAGUAAGUGGUAUUUCCCAUAGCCAAGACCAAAAUUUAAAAAAAAAUUAAGUUGAAGUUUUAUUACACAUUAAAGAGAAAUGAUUGAAAAAAACUUCAUGUAAUCCCCUGCAAAAUGUAUCCAGGAACCCAAAGAUGAGUAGUCUAAUUGAAUGUCAAGAAUAAAAGGAGUGGUUUACUAUCAAGUGGAAUGGAUUUUCAGAUCCAAACAUUCAUCAUAAACAAACCAUUUCAGAGCCAAGAAUUGGGGGGAAAAGAGGCAAGAGAAGGAACAGGAUGUAAAUACAGGGAUUCAAAACCUCUCUGAAGAAUUAAGGGCCAGAGGGAAUAAAGAGGUAGAGGACCUAUCAAGAGGACCUAUAGGAAUGAGGACAAAAGCUCAGGGUCCAGGGUAGAAGGGAUGGGGCACUGUGGGGCUUGUAAAGUCAUUGUAUACACUGUAUACAGCUUUAGUAGAAGGCAUCAUUGAUCAGACAGAAAAGGAAGAGGGGUAACUGAGCAAAGAACCCAUGGUUAAAAAAAAAUGUUCUGAGUGUGGUGAAUAGUAGGGGAAGGAAUAAGCACAUGAAGUUUGGAGGUGUUUCAACUCCUAGGUCCUAGGCAUCGAGCAUUUGUAACAUAGAGCAGGAACAUGAGGCCCACAGAGAAGGCAGCAAAGCCAUCCAGGCUGGGAUAGAAUCCAAGAGAUUGGGGCUUUCUCUACCACCACAUUUUUCAACCUCUACUGUGGUACAUAGUCCCUGUGUAGUUCCCAAGAGGAAGUCCAAGGAAAGGAACAAAGACAAUGAAUAAUUUCACCAAAACAUUUAGCAGAAUCAGCAUUAUGUUUGACUGUGAUUAUGAAAAAGAUGGGAAGUGUAAAUGACAAUCCUAUAAAUUAUAGAGAAUAUUCCCGAUUUCAUUAUAAUCUUUGUGAUAGCAAAUAUCCCCAGCAUUUCAAAAGAAGACAAUGCAGGUGGAAUUAGAAUACUUUGAAGCUUAAGGCAGAUAUUGAUGAUGUUUUAACAAAGACCUGCUUCUUUAAAGUACUUGGACAAUACUUUGUCAUCAGAAUUGGACCUAUAAAAAUAACUCACAUUUUCUGCUUAGAAAUUUUUUUUCCAAUUUUAUAAACCUCCCCAAAGAAAUGCCUAACAAAACCUAAAUCAUUCUAGGAAGCAAUUGUUGGAAAUGGAAAACUGCAUUGGUCUGGAAGUAAGGAAAUAGUCCUAAUUCUGACUGCCCUAACUACCCUUGUGGCUAUGAGCAAAUCUUUAUCAGUUUUGUUAUCCAUAAGAUGUUGAAAUCAAAUUGGUGGAUCUCAAAAAUCCUUUUUAAUUCCAAUAUUUCUGAUCCCUUUUCACAGACCUAUCUUUUUUAGUCCCAUUUUUACUUUCUUUCUUCUUCAUUGCUUUGUUGGCAGCUUCCAAAUCAAAAGUGUUUUUGUCUCAUGCAAAGGAAAUUAAUUUAUCUACUCAUGCUCCAUAAACCACUUGUAUAACAUAGUCUUCCUUUCAUGCACUGCAAAUACUGAUAAUUGUGGCCUUUUUCUUCCUGAAUAGAAAUAGGAAUUGUGGGACGGAAAGAAUGAGUAUAAGGAGUUAGUUGCAGAAAAGUAAUCUGGAGAUACACAGUUCAAAACAAUCUUUGACCGGAUCCAGUAAAUUCUGUAGGAAAAAAAAAACAAAAAAAACAAAAAAAAAAAAAACUUAUAAGUAAAUGCAAAUUUUCCUGAACAGUUUUUAGAGAUUGUCAAAGUAACUUUGUUUUAAAUCCUCAUAUUUAUAGUGAGAUCCUAUAGCCCCUCCAUGUAACUACAACCUUGUAUGAUUAGAGUAAAUGUUAGAUUACCAGUUUGUUUUAUGCAUGUGUGUUUCUUCAUAUGAUGGAUGAUUAUAUGUAUUGUGAUAAAUAAUAUUUGUUUUGUCCUACUUUUUUAUCUGAAAGCAUCUCUCUGAGUAAUAAGAGCGUAAUAAGGAAGAAUUGUGGAAGACUAAUUGAAUUUAGGUAUAGUUUUUCCCAGCAGGAGUUGGAACCUGGAAACAGAUUCAAUAAAUAUCUCCUUUUUGCCAAUCACUUUACUAAGAUCUGUGGAUACAAAGAAAAAGAAAAGCAAAAUCACGUAUAUACUAUUAUUGCACCACCUUUUAAGUCCACAUGUCCAAAUGACCUCUCUCCAGGGUGCUUCCACCAAGCUGUCUCUUACAAACAAGAUGAAAAGGACUAGCAGACAAAGAAUUUGUUCAGUCUCUUCUCAACAGACCUGGAACAUCAAGAUUAGGCACUGGGUACACAUGAUAACAACUUUACAUAUUCCUAAUGCUAUUGUUUUUAAAUUGAAAUCAAGGAAGCUAUUUUUAAUAAUUAAUGUCAGUAAAUGAAAAUAAAACUGACUUAGAAUAGAAUAAAUACACAAUAGCUAACAUAUACCCCAAUUUCCUACUCCACAUGGAGGUGCUUGAGCUCAAGGCAAUUUAUGACCCAAUGGGUUGAGGAAAUCUCUAUUUUAGUCUUUUGAGGGCUAUGUAAAGAUAUUUGCCACAUACUUCAUUGGUAAUCCUGUCUUUAUAUGUUCCUUUGCUUCUGUACUCUUAAGUACAAAGGAGGAAGUGAAAAUAGAGCUCAUAUACGCACACAUACACACAUAAUUUAUUUUUAUUCUUUUAGUUAGAAUUCAAAUUCUAAAUGGAAUUUUGUGGUCCUAUAUCUUAUAAUGUACUUUUGGUAGCCCUACCUUUACCCUAUACAGUGGUCAUCUCAUAAAGAGGUAGGGCAAAGGUAUUGGUGAGACGGGAUCAUCCUUGCAGAGCUGUGAAGGUAAUUUUCUUCAACUCUUCAACCCAUGUAUAUUUUGAUAUUUUGUAGUAUAUCGUACAAAAAAACAAAAUAAACUUAAACUUGUGAUAUCAGACAUUGCUAAUAGCCUCUGUUGGGUGUUGUAUCUGAAUGCUGUUCUUUGAAUUCUGGUAUUAUGUAUCUGAAAUAGAUAAUGGAUAUGUCAAAUAAUG